UGACAACACCACCCCAAUGGGUGUUGCUGAGCAUGUGGUGCUUUUUUCUUCUCACUUUGUGCUUUGUGAGGUAGAUUGCUACUAUAACUUGAUGACCCUUCACAUACCUAACCAUUUCCUUGGUUCUAUUGUAGAGUGUAUCCAUUGUUUUUAGUGCCAUAAUAUCCUUGAGGAGAAGAUGCAAUGCAUGAGUAUUACAGCCAAUGGCUGUGAUGUCAGGGUAGACCAAGCAGCCUUAACAUUUGCAGCAUUGUUGUCACCAGUACACAUACCUUCUGUGGUCCAAGGUCAUUGACUGCCUUCAGCUCAUCUGCAAUGUAGAGACCGGUGUGUCUGUCCCUUGUCUGUGCUCAUGUAGAAUACUAGUUGAGGGAUGCAGAUGUAGUUAAUUAUUCCUUGCCUACGAACAUUUGACCAGCCAUCAGAUUGCAAUAGUCUGCUUUCUCAAUGAUUUGCUUGACCUUCACUUGACCUCUGCAUCCAGCAAAUGAGUAGACAAAGCAUGUCUGGUUGGAGGGGUGUAUGCUGAGCGCAGAACAGAAAUCUCUUCCAGCUAACUUUUUUGAUGAAUUUAAUCCAAAUUCCCGGGCCUAACUUCCCAUGGAAAUUUACCGGAACGUUUAUGACCCUUUGCAACCCUUAUAGCUUAGUAAAGGAGCCCUUUAAGAAGUGGUUUGUUUGACAAUCAGAUGCAAAUAUCAUGACUGGUUUAUGUUACAUUAAAGGUAAUUCAUUUCAAAACUUUAAGUCUUUUACGACGAGGCCCACAGAGAUCCGAUUAGAAUGACAUUUUCCCUAUUAAUUCAAUUAUUUAAUUUAAUGCACACACAGGAGGUCCCGUACCGGGAUGAAAUGAAAUCUACUUUCACCCCUGUAUCAAAUGGAGUGUUUCAAAAUGUAGCCUACAGGAAUUGAGAUGCCGGUGACUUGCGGUCAUGGCACUGACAUAAAGAACCAAACCUUUUGACAACUUAAUUUUAAGGAGUGAUUUAUGACUUGGGCUUAAGCCUCAUUGUAGGUAAGCUAUUUAGAUAAACAAUGUGAUGCUCAAGCUAAUAGAUCAUUGUCUGCCAAUGCUACCCCAAAUAGAUUGGUGCAAUCUCACACAGUGGCCUUUCAACGAGUACGUUCAUGCAGCAUUGUGAAACAUUUGAGUCAUGCCUCCAAACAACUGUUCAAAGGGGAAGCAAGCCCCUUUCAUAUACUCCUGUCUCUGGGAGCAGAUCUUCCAGAACAUCCGUCAGGAGUACAGCCGCUACCAGAGGCGACGGCAGCUGGAGGGGGCCUUCAACCAGAGUGAAGCUGCCUGUAGCUCCACCGAUGCCCCCAGUUCUACCCUCACCGCCCCCAGCUCCCCGCCAGGAGCGUCCCAAGAAUCUGCGCAAGAAAUAAGAAAAUUAAGCUCUGGUGCCUCGAGGAAGGACCAGCCGUCGUUCACACUGAGGCAGGUGAGCUACCUGUGCGAGCGCUUGCUCAAAGACCAUGAGGAGAAGAUCCGGGAGGAGUAUGAACAGAUCCUCAACACAAAACUUGCAGAACAAUACGAAUCUUUUGUGAAAUUCACACAAGACCAGAUCAUGCGAAGAUACGGCGCAAGGCCUGCUAGUUAUGUCUCUUGAAUUCCCCAUCGACGAGGUACCAGCUUUUCUCACAAGAUGGCUGCUCUUCUACUGCCCCUUCCUCAACUAGAUUUGUGUUUUUUUAAUGCUUUUUUGGGUGCCAUGGUUUAUCCAUUUUUAUUAUUUUUUAUUUUUUGUCAAACUGUCUGCUGGCCAAAGCGCUAUAGAUAUGCUAUUGCUCUGGAUUUUUGACGAAAGCAGCUCUGUCGUUCUCCCCAGUGCUGUAGUGGCUUUUCUGAUCCUUCUGUAUUAUAAUGUGCCAGCACUGCCCCCUCUGCAGAAGCUGUAUUACUAAAGCCCCCUGGCCUCAUCCAACCAGGUUCUUUAUCUUUUCCAACUCUUUACCUGAGGAUGUGGAAUUCUUUUGAAAAUAAAAUUUCUGUGAUUUAAAA